CAGGAAGACCUUGAUCGGUCAGCAAGCAAUACAGCAAGGCGUAUAAAGCUGCUAAAAGAACGCCUUGGGACAGAUACCAUCCCCUAUGAUUUGAGGCCCCUAGAGCAAAGCGAAGAGAAAGGUCACGUAGUAGCCCCUCUUAGAAGAGUAUUUGAUGCACUUGAGGAGCCUGUGCUGGUUAACGGGCAACCCGGACCACGGCCACCUCGAACUUCGACCCUCCAGUAUAUUCCAUUCACAACUACGGAUCUGAUGAAUUGGAAAACACACACCCCAUCUUUCGCAGAAAAACCUCAGGCUAUGAUGGACUUGGUGACUUCAAUAGUAAAUACUCAUAGUCCUACUUGGACAGAUUGCCGCCAACUCCUGAAUACUCUGUUCACCACUGAGGAAAGAAGAGACAUAAUUGAAAAGGCACAGAUAUAUUUGCGUGAGCAGGCCAGAAUGGGAAAUAUUUUUAAUAUUGACCGUCAUCUCCAGGAUAACUUUCCUUUGGAAGAUCCUAAUUGGGAUCCAAACAAUGCAAUUCACCUGGCCAGGCUUACCACCUACCGCCAGACGCUUGUGCAAGGUAUCCGCAGGGCAUGCCAGAAGCCCACUAAUAUGUCUAAAGAUUGGGAUGGGUAGAUGUGUUACCCAUAACACUGUUUCGUGUUCGGUGCGCACCCACAAAAAGACUUAAGUUGUCACCUUUUGAGCUCCUGUAUGGGAGGCCGCCCUCCUUUGUUCAGGAUAUUCCAGCUGACCUCAAACAAAUAGGAGACUAUGUGACACAGGGACAAGUGCAAUCUCUCUCCCGUGUUUUUGUUUCUCUUAACAGGUGGGCCCUCGAGCGCACGCCGUGCAGCAUUGCCAAGCCGAUUCAUCAGUUCCAGGCUGGCGAUAGCGUAUGGGUGAAAGAGUGGAAACGCGAUCCACUUGCACCUAAGUGGCGUGGACCUUACACCAUCUUGCUCUCUACUCCAACAGUGGUGAAGGUAGCUGAGGUGACCCCCUGGAUUCAUCACUCCCGUUUGAAGAAGUCCGAAGGCAGUUGGACGUGCAAAGGUGACCCCUCUAAUCCUUUAAAACUGACUCUCUCCAAAAACCCCUGUAUCUAGCCCUACGGGGAACGGGCUAGGUCACGGGCAACAUUAGACGACAGGCCUGCUGCAGCCACAACUUGGAAGCUGGCUGACCUGCGCACGCCUGAAGCUUGAGGAGCGUCUGAACCAGCGAUUGUAAACGGGAAGAUUCUCUUAUACAAUUGAUUGACUGCCCCCCCUGUGGAACAAUUAUCAGAGAUAUUACUCAUUGGGGAUCCUUGGGACAUAUGUUUUGGUCUUGGUGGUUCCCCAUUUCUGUCACUGGGGGAAUUAUAUUGGGACUAAUAUUUUUUUGUUAUCACAAUAAGGUAAUCUUUUGUGGAAGGAAUGCAUAUACUAGACAUCAACAUGAUUUUAUUAUUAAUCCUGAUCCCUUGGGAAGGGGAAGGGUCCUUGAAUUUGAGCAAAUUUGCUAAAUAUGGAUUCCGCCAUGACCACAAUAUGUGGGUAGGCUUAGCUGAGAUGGUAGCCAAUGUUACAAAUAGGACCAAUUGCCUUGUUUGCUCUCUUGGGCCAGAUGAUUCAGAGGGAGGUAUGCCCUUAUUACCAAUACCAUUAAAUGCCAUUGGUAUGGUAAGCGAAAUGCCACACCAAACAGAAGUACAGAAUUUCCCCGGAUGGAACUCAACUAAACCAAUACGAGUUAUACCUGUACAAGGGGAAUUCUGUGUACAUAAAUCAUCAGAGGCAGCUGAUUCUACCAUGAUAGGCUCUUCUCAUUGCCACUAUACUUGGGAUUAUAUUAAGAAUAGUCAAACCUGGGCAAACGGUACUACCUAUCGAACUCGGAAUACCUUGCCCUGUGCACCUCCUUUUAUUCAUGCAUGGAAAAUGGUGUGGAACAUAACUAUGACAGAAAAAGGCAAUCUAACAUACUGCACUGUGAGCUCUAUGCCCCUUUUGAUAUUUCGCCUUAUGCACUCCACGUACCAAAAACCUCAGACCCGAUGGUUGUGGUGGAUAUGUGGAGAAUGGGCAUACAAGAAACUCCCUUCCAAAUGGAGUGGGACUUGUUUCCUGGGAUGGGUAUUACCACCAAUGUGGAUUAUGCCCACUAGUUCAGCCAAGCGUACACGAAGAAACGCUGAUAUUUCUCAUAUAGCAGGAGGAAGUACCCAAAGUUGGAGCGAUACUGAUGAUUGGCCACCAGAGCGCAUUAUAGCCUAUUAUGAACCUGCCUCCUGGAAUCCUGAUGAGCUCAUACAAGGGGCUCGAGAUCCUAUUUAUAAUCUAAACAGAAUAAUUCGAUUGCAAGCAGUAGUGGAACUUGUAACCAAUGCAACGGCCCAGAGUUUGAGACUUAUUGCACAACAGUUGGAUGAAAGUAGAGCCGCCAUUUUGCAGCUGAAAAUGGGAAUGGAUUAUGUACUUGCCAGGCAGGGAGGCCUAUGUGGAGUCUUGAACUUGACAGGGAAUGCCUGUUGCUUUAACAUUUCUGAUAAUGGUGAGGCAAUCCGUGUGUUGGCCACAAAGAUGGAGAAUAUAGCACAUGUCCCAGUACAAACAUGGGAAGGAUGGGAUAUGGGAUGGCUCACCAACUGGUUACCAAAUGUCGCAGGACUCAAAGGGAUACUAUUGUCUUGCUUGUUUUUCUUGACGGUAGUAGUAAUGGUUUUGUGUAUGGUGCCAUGUAUCAUUUCAUGUUUUAGAAGUACAAUUAGCAAGAUGAUUUCAAAUGAAACUCUACCUCAUAUCAUGGCCCUAUACAGAGCUUUACCUCAGGAAUAUGAUGAAGAUCAAGCUAUCAAGGACACUUGGGAAGGUCCUUGAGCUUGAAAGGGGGGAAUGAGGCAUCUGAUCAUAGCCUGCAUUUUUAAUCAAGGCU